UUUGUCUAGAUGCAACUAGUUACAGAUAUUACUUCUAAAGAAAAUUUAGUCACUUUCUUUGAUAAGGAUUUAAUAGAAUUUCUGUUAAAUAACCCAAUAUUUGUUUGGGAGAAAUCAAUGCAUCCUUUCCACUAUAGCAAGGAACCAGUUUAUCAAUCAUUCUUGUGUUGGUUAUAUCAGAAGAAUUCUAAAUGGCAAGAGCUUCUCAACAGUCAUAUCUUGAUCUUUCAUCAGGCAAAACUUGGAGAGUAUCUUGACAAAUGGAAUCUAGUCAAGCAGUGGGAAGAAGAAGACAACACAUUGGACAAGCUAAAUUUUGAACAUACAGCAGCUGCAUUCAUUAUCCUUGGUUUUGGUCUAGUAACAUCAGCUUUAGGAACAAUAAAAUAG